AUGAAGAUCGCCUUCUUCUCAGCUCAUAGUUAUGAAAUUGAAUCAAUGGAAACCAUUGCAAAGGAAGAGAAUGUCACCCCAACCCAUGAAUUAAAGUUCUUUAGCUCACGUCUCGAUGCCAAUGCUGCAAAAUUAGCUCAAGGCUAUGAAGGCGUGUGCAUUUUUGUCAAUGAUAUUGCCGACGAAACCGUUUUACGUGUGCUGGCUGCUGGUGGGACAAAAGUGAUGCUUCUACGUUGUGCAGGCUACGAUAUGAUUGAUCUAACGACGGCCAAGGAGCUUGGAAUGGUACUUCUUCGUGUUCCAGCUUACUCCCCACAUGCUGUUGCUGAAUAUGCGACAGCUUUGAUAAUGACACUAAAUCGUAAGAUUCAUCGCUCGUACAAUCGGACACGGGAGCAGAAUUUCCGUUUGGAAGGUCUAUUAGGCUUUGAUCUCAAUGGAAAAACCAUUGGGGUGGUCGGGACGGGAAAAAUUGGUGCUCUCUUUGUGCGGAUUGCUGCAGGUUUUGGCUGCAAAGUUCUUGCUUAUGAUGUCAAGCAAAGUCCCGAAGCUCUUAGUUAUGGGGUCGAGUAUGUCAGUUUGGAUGACAUUUGGACUCGGUCGGACAUUAUUUCACUGCAUUGUCCGCUGCUUUCGUCGACGAAACAUGUGAUCAAUUCAAACAGCAUUUUGAAGAUGAAGCAUGGUGUUAUGAUUAUCAAUACGAGUCGUGGUGGUCUCAUUGACACGAAGGCGUUGGUAAACGGCUUAAAGAGCGGCAAGAUUGGUUCGGUCGGUCUGGAUGUGUUUGAGGGCGAGGGGGAGUAUUUCUACUCAGAUCACUCAGGUACUAUCAUUGCCGAUGAGACUCUUGCUCGACUGUUUACGUUCCCAAACGUGGUUAUCACUGGUCACCAAGCGUUUUUUACGAAGGAAGCGUUGUACAACAUUGGUCGCACUACGAUGGAAAAUAUCAAGGCGUAUGAGGCAAAGGAGGAACUGGUGAACGAGGUCAAGUAG